AUGAAUUUCCACCUCGGAACCACAAACGUGAGGCUCCAAAAUGGCCGCUAUCUCAUAGCCUCUAUCUCGGUUGAUGGCCAAUGGGAAGACGCGACCCUCGACCUCGAUCUCUACAUCGGGAAUAAUAACGGAGCUCUAUCUUGGGGUGGUUGUAGUGGGUAUCCAUGCCUUACAGAAGAGAUGCGAUAUGCUAACAUGUCAAACCCUCGCUCAGACUUUUCUCAGCAAGCCACGGAAAUACGCCUUGGCAAGGAUGCUAAGGGCGGUUGGUGCCCUGUGCUUGAAGCAACGCUAUUAGACUCGCAGGGCGUUGCCCACAUCAGCGGUCUCUACCUGGGGCGUUGCAUUGGCGUCUGGAAAUCUACUCUCAUUUGUGAUACCAGCAAAGCACACUUGACGGAGCCUGUGAAGAACCCCCAAGGAGGUUAUCUCUACUUUGAACGCAACUACUUUGUACCUCUAUCUGGGCGCCGCUUUGGUAACUGA